GUUAUCUGGUGUCGUCUUCUUCAUCACGUUCUUCUCCCACGCAGCAAUGGCUGCAGAGACCUACGCCAUGAAGAACCCUGAAAAGAUCCACGCAGACGUCCUCCUCAAUGCCAGAGAAGCUUGCUACAAGGCUCGUGAUGCUUUCUACGAAUGUCUGGAGAAGCAAUCCGACAAGAAGCCGACGGAGAUUGGAUCUGUUGGGCUCUUAUACCCUGCUGAGUGCAAGAAAUCGAGGGCAGAGUUUGUCAAACAGUGCCGAGCUUCUUGGGUGAAGCAUUUUGAUCGGCUGUAUUGUAGAAACAAGACGGUGCAGAGACUUCUGGACGAUAAGGAUUCGAAGCGAGGUCCUAUGUCUCUUCCACAACCUUACACUUUCAAACCUACUAAUUGAAAUGCUCGGAAUUCAAGGUGAGGUGAGUGUACUUCAGUCGUUCUUGAUGAACCAUUGAUAGAUUUGUUUUUUUUUUUUCUUUUUGGCCUCGAACCAGUGAUAGAUUUGAAGCUGCAAUCUCACAAAAAGUGCUGUUACUCGAGUUUCCAUGUAGAUGGUUUAGGUUAGCAAAUAGAACAUGUUACGGAAUUAGAGGAUUGAGGUCCUGCUGGGUCUGUGCCUUGAAAAAAUAAAAGGGGGUUCUGUACCGACAUUGGGCAUAGGGUAGGAGUGACGGAGCUGAAUCCUCAUUUUUCAGUCUUGCAGAUGACAAGAACCCUUGUUGAGGACAAAAUCUAAUGGAAACAUUGUUUGGUUUAUUGCAUUAGCUGCUGUUACCUUAUUUACCA